ACUCAUCCAAAAUGUCGUCGUCGGGAGGCAAGCACCCGCAAGGAACGAAUUCCGAGAUGAAAGCACCAGAGGAUAUGCAUUCACACUCUAACGGUGCUUGUGCCGAUGAAAAGUGCAAUGGGCACAAAAAUCCCCCCAUAUUUGAAGCAAUCAAAGCAGGGAUGCUUAUCCCAAUCCAGACGUUGUUUGAACAAGGAGGUGUGGAGGUUUUCACCUCGAGAGAUGAUAAAGGCCACACACCAGCCCACUGGGCCUGUCUCGGAGGUCACACAACGAUCUUACGUUUCAUGCUGGAACACAAGGCACCUGUCAAUGAACCCAGCAACAAUGAUUUGGGAGCCCGCCCGAUCCACUGGGCCUGUGUGAAUGGCCACAUUGCAGUGAUUGACAUACUGGUCCAGUCUGGGGUUCUCCUGGACAUUGUGGAUAACAAGGGCUGCACACCUCUCAUUGUGGCAGCUCAGUAUGGACAGACCAUGUUGUCUGGCUAUCUCAUGGGGAAGGGAGCUCGGCUGCAGCUUGUUGAUAAGGAUGGGGACAGUGCACUACAUUGGGCAGCAUUUAAAGGUCACUCGGAGUUGAUGCGACUGUUGAUCUACUCUGGGUUCAACCCCAGACAGAGGGACAACUACGGCCAGACUCCCCUCCAUCUAGCUUGCAUCAAUGGCAACCUGACAGCUGUGAAGGAGCUCUGUGAACAGGAUAGUGUUGAGAUCGACCUGGCUGACAAGAACAGCAAAACUCCUCUCAUGCUGGCCGUUGGUCGCAAACACGAGAACAUCAUCAGUUACCUGAAGAAAGAAGCCAAGUUCAAGGCCAGUGUCUUCCCGCGCAUUGACUGCUGGGCUAUCAUGUUCGGGCCCCCAGGGAACAGUAAAGGGGCUCUGCUCUUCUUCCUCAUCAGUGUUGUGUGCUGGGGCUACCCUAUGUAUUUAAUCAAGUGUCUGCCAUUGACGUUCUAUGAACUGCAGCCUUUCCACCUGUUGUUCAUCACUGUGAACAUCUUGAUGUGGAUCUGCCUUUACCACUGCAACACUAUAGACCCAGGCUUCCUGCCCAGAAACAUACCCGAGUAUGACCAGGCCAUCAAACAGGUCGCCCAUUUUGAUGAAUGGAAGCAGGGCAAGAACCCGCUGAGCAGGCUGUGUCACACGUGUCGUACCGUGAAGCCUGUCCGAGCCAAACAUUGCCGCGUGUGUAACCGAUGCGUGAAGGAGUUCGACCAUCACUGUCCCUACAUCUACAACUGUGUGGGCUACAAUAACAGAGGAUCUUUUCUAGUGUUUGUAACACUGGUUGCCAUAUGCGGUGUGUUGUCUAUGUAUAUGGCAUAUGAGAUCUUGGUCUUGGAGAAUUGGGUGAUGAGGAAGGAUUACAUCUUAGGCAUUCUCCUCAUGGUGGUGUUUGAGGUGAUUGCCAUCAAUGUGUCUGCUUUUACGGUUUUACAUGCAGGCAUGAACUUGACAACUAACGAGAGAAUAAACCGAAAAAGAUACGAGUAUUUGAAGGACGGGCGAGGCCAGUUUUACAACCCAUUCAACAAGGGACCAAAGCAUAAUUUAUUGGAAUACUUCCAUCUGCGGAAGCCGCCAUAUGAACACGAGGUUCAGUUCCUCACAGUCGAUGUAUGAUCCAGCGCAGUGGGCCGGUGGUGGCAGUGUGUGUGUGCAGGACAAAGUCAUGAAAUGCAAUGCCUGUGAUCUGUGUCCAUUAUUAGUUUGUACCAAAUUUUAUUUUCACGCAAGCAAGAAUUCUCAUGUAUUUUGCUAUGAGAAUGUGUAAAAACUAAGUUAAUAUGGUGUGAAUGCUAAACUACGUUCAUGUUUCUUGUCAUGUGUGAUUGAAUCAUCAUGUGGGUGGAGUAAUUCGCUAGUGAAUCAUGAUGGUUCUGACCAUGGUACUGUACUCAUUGCACACUUAAUGAAGAAAUGGAAAUAUACAUACCCCAGAAAUCAAUCUCAUUAAAAUCAGGUCUUUUGCUCCCAUAGGACACCUCCAUAGGAGUCGAUUCAGGUGCACCCUGAGCACACUGAGCACACAUCAAUGGUGUGGCAUUAUCAUUUACAUUUGGAAAUGACUGAUUAACUUUGUUUUCAGGAUAUGGAAAUAAGAUAUUCUGAUCCGAAUGUUACGCUUAUUUGUAUUCAUGAUUUAGAAGUCUUGAUGCUGAUUGGCUGAUUAGAAAGUUCACCUGUCGUGACCUUUUAUUGAGGUGUCCACAGAUAUUCAUGUAAAGAGGUAUCAUAUUGGUGUCACAGAUCUGAUGAUGAUGAGAUACCUCAGAACAAAGAAUGUCAGUGUUAAUAUUAGGGACUGUAAAUCAGUUCUAUCAAACACUAUGAAAUAUCAUUUCAUCAGCGUUUUUCCAUCUUUUAACUCUUAUCCUCUCUAACAUUGCCGGCUACAGAAUACAGUAUUCAUAUUCAAGUUCUCCUGAUAAAUUGACAUGAUAGGUAUUACCUCUUUAUUGAAGUGCAUGGUGCCGAAAAGUGGACUUAAGCAUCAAUCUCUCUCUCGUGUUGUUUACACCCAGGAAUUGGGGCUCACAUGAGAUAUCGUCUGUACUAUCACUACACAGAUCAUCUGUCCCCCUCUGAAUGUUGAAGGGGCGGUCGGGUAGCCUAGUGGUUAAAGCGUUCGCUCGUCACGCCUAAAACCCGGGCUCUAUUCCCGACAUGGGUACAAUGUGUGAAGCCCAUUUCUGGUGUCCUCCACUGUGACAUUGUUGGAAUAUUGCUAAAAGCGGUGUAAAACCAUACUCACUCACAUACUUAUGUUUAUUUAAUGAUUGUUGAUGAAAACCUUGAAGUGAAAGAGAUGUUUUAUGUUUGACAAAUAAAUGAAUGACAAAUAGCCAUGUACUUUAUGAGCAAAAUAUGUCCAAAAAUUGUUUUUUUUAAUUUAUUUUUAAGUUUUAUUAAUUAUUAUUUUUAUUUUUUCUCAGAAGAUUCUUAUUUAUGACAACCAUAUAUUGCAUAAUGAAUGGUUAUAUGAAGGUGUAUCAUUUAAAAAGAAUUGUUUUUGACUAAUGUACAGAAAAUUGAACAUUCUUUUUCAAGGAUAAUUUAGUAUACGUUAAUAACAAACUAUGUUCCAAACCUGUUCACCAGUAUUUUUUAUUGUGUGAACAUGGUAAAUGUGUAUAUUUUGAAAUUGAUGACGUUGAAUAAAUAUUGUAUAUAUGUACAUGAUAUGCACACAAAAAUCCUCAUCAUGCAUACCUCCAUGCAGUCAACUUAGAUGGUUAGAAGUCACAGCACAAAUGGUUCAUCUUGUGACGGCCUAUUUAUGUUGGCCAAAAUGUCGAUGCUGUAUGUGAGGCAUGCUCUAAGCAUGUCAUAUAACCCAGUGAAGAAAUCAUUGUGCAUUACUGUUCUCAGCUUCAUUGGUGUUAACAAUGAAAUUGUGUCUUCAUUAGAGUAGGAAGGAAACCAUGCCACAAAGUGAUCUUAGUGCUAAGACGACUGUGACUCCAAUACUUUACCAUUGACUUCAGGAAUUGAGAUUGAUAUGUGGAUCAAUUUGUGGAUCGAUUUGUUGUGUCUGUUCAAUAUUGAAGUUCUGUUAAUCUUAGUAUUACGAUCGCUUUGUGGAAUGUGGACCAAGGUCCCAUUCCUCAAAGUGAUCUUAGCGUUACAGUUGUCCUAAGUCUAUGUUAAAUUAUGGGAGUUGCGAUCAUCUUAGCGCUGAGAUUAUUUUGUGGAAGGAGGCCCUGGACUUUGACAGUGUGUGUCAGUUGUAUUACAGUUUAUCCUCACUUUUUAAUCUCGUUAUGUUCAUCUGUAAACCAGUCACUCAGAUGAGGUGUACAUGACCAUCACGCAAAUGAUGUAGUAUUACUUUUCCUUCGUUUCCUGUUACAAGCAUGUCUAGGAUCCAGUUCCACCGAGCUUUCUUAGUGCUAACUCGUAUGCUUUAACAUAGAAUUACGAUAGUCUUAGUACUAGUGUUAUUUUGUGAAGCCUGGCCAAGGCCCUCAUCUCAGAAGGGAUGUAGCUUUUAAACAAAUGUAACUCCCAUUCUUUAACAUAGACUUAUGAUAGUCUUAGUGCUAAGAUCAUUUUGUGGAGCAGGGCCAAAGGACUCAUCCUAGAUGUGAUCUUAAUAGCGCUAAGACAAAUGCAACUACAUAGCUUUAACAUACUUAAGAGAGUCUCAGCGCUAAGAUGGCUUUUGGAACAACCUCAGAAAUCCUCAGAUUAAUCUGGAGUGCCCUACAGUGGUUAGACAUUUUAGAAAUGAAGGUCUGAGAAUUCAGUAUGCCACUGCCUGGUGCUCGAGUAUCUCUAUGCUCUACUUCCCAGGAACAUGUCUUGAAAUUAAGGCUGGAAUGAUACCUCUGUGCACUGCAAUACUAAAACAUAUUACUGCUUUUAUGAAGUCCGCCAUUCUGUCUGAUUUUCUUAAACUAUCAUGAUGAGUGUGAAAGUGAAAACUAGCUCCUGUCACGUCUUUGCUGUGUCAAAAUUACGCAAUUGUCCCCUGAAAACAUCUAUAGUAAAGUACAUGGUUUGUGUUAUCAUGAUUACAUAUCAGUCUGGCCCAGUUCCUCCUGAUUUUGUUUCUGAGCCACAAACUAAGCUGAGAUACUGUGACAUAAUUGGAAUACCGUUUCAAAGCAGCGUUAGACUCACUCUCUCAUGAGUCGGUGUAUCAUUUCAUCUCUGGUUUGAAUGCAUCAGGGCAUCUCUGUAUUCACCGUCAUGUGCUUCUAUUCACUGUCUCCACAACCUUUGUUCAAGAAAUUUGUUCUGAACCUUUCUGUGGCUCAGGUAGGAUGUGAUAUCAUGUCUUGAAGUAGCAUUUAGAAGUUGUCCAAGAACAUUGAUGAUACAAUGCAUGGCUGCCACUUUCUGUUUAUUUCAUGUUUCAAUGUUUCUACAUUAUACCUUAGUUUCAGUUGACUAGGAUUCUGCUUGAUGGCUAAAUCAUCACUUUGCACUGGAAAAUAACACUGUUGAAAUAAUUUUGUAGUGGUUGUCGAUAAAGUCAUCAGUGAGAGUUAUCUCCCUUUCAGGAGUAAUGGUUUCCCUGAGGAUAUUUGUAUCUGAUUCUUUAGAGUUUGAUGCAUUGGUAUAUGUUUGAUUACUUCAGUUAUUUUUAUAUAAAAGUCCAAUGCUUAUCAAAGAUUUUCAAGGUUUCAGAUUAGUUCAAUUCUUUUGGACAUUGACUGAUUGUCAUCCAAAAUGACCUAGAUAUUUUUCAAUUUUGUUAAUGUCAAGUCAAAGACGUAUAUAGAUAUUUAUAUAGAUAUAUGUCUUUUGUCCUAUAAUCAUUUGCUAAAUCAUUAAAAUGACCAAAUGGCAUUUGCAAAAUCACUGUUAUCGUACUGUGAAAUCUUGGUAACUCCUAGUAGACUAUCUAUCAAUAAUAAAAAUCACUGUUAUCAUACUGUGAAAUCUUGGUAACUCCUAGUAGACUAUCUAUCAAUAAUAUGGUCCAUGUCUCAAACUAUAUAUUUCACAAAGUUUCACUUUAUGUUGAAUAUUAGGGCCAAUACAAACUGAUAUUAGUGAUAACUAUGAAACGAUGUUAGUCCCAAUCAGGA